UGGGAAGAGAAGGACACACAGAGAACAUCUCGUCUGGUGUCUGGAUCCAAGUUUACCAUAGAUCAGGUAAUCCCUCCCCAUCGAGCGAUCCUGGAGGGAAUGGGACUGAGAGGGCAUUGGGGGAAACACAAUGAGAAGAGAUCUGGAAAUGGGAAGGGUUUGGAGAAAGAGUGAGAGAGAAGUCUCAGGGAAGCAGGAAGAUUGUUGUCAGUGUGGAUUGAAGAGGACGUUUGAACACAGACAGAAUCCUUUCUCAGCCCUUUAACCAAACCAACAACAAAAAGCUCAGGGCGAUGGACGUCUUCAACACCAAACACCUGGCCAUGCAGGCACAGAAGAAGCUCCUGGGCAAAAUGGCCUCCAAGAGCGUGGCCAGCAUAUUCAUCGACGACACGAGCAGCGAGGUGCUGGACGAGCUGUACCGGGUGUCCAAGGAAUUCUCCCACAGCAAGAAAGAAGCCCAGAAGGUCAUCAAGGACCUGAUCAAGGUAGUCAUCAAGCUGGGCGUGCUUUACCGCAAUCGGCAGUUCAGCCCCGAGGAGCUUGCCGUGGUGCACCGAUUCCGCACCAAGGUCCACCAGCUGGCCAUGACGGCGGUCAGCUUCCACCAGAUCGACUUCACCUUCGACCGGAGAGUCCUGGCUGGGAUCCUGGGCGAGUGCCGAGACCUCCUGCACCAGGCCAUCGGCCGACACCUGACCGCCAAGUCCCAUGGGCGAGUCAACCACGUCUUCAACCACUUUGCGGACUGCGAACUGCUGGCCGCCCUCUACAGCCGCGCUGAGCCCUACCGCACGCACCUCCACAGGCUCAGCGACGGGGUUAACAAGAUGCUGGAGGAGGGGAGUAUCUGACCUGGACUGGAGAGGGAGGGAGUG